CCUUAUUCUCUCUAUCUAUCAUCAUCUCCUUCAACUUUCUAUCUCUUUCUAAAUUUCUCUGCAACGAUGGAGACGGAGCGCGUGACCGAGUUUCCCCUCCCGCAACUCGACCGGCGACCACGGAAGCGGCCUCGAUUGGGCUGGGACGUCCUCCCUGAGGUCCCUAAGGCUCAGCUAGGAUUGUUUUGUGGACAAGAGGUUGGGAGUGUGACAAGCUAUGCAUCUUCAAGGCAACCUUCCGACCUUACUAGUUCCCUUUUUGUUAAGGGAGUUGCUCAAAAUGGUUCUCCCCCCUGGAGAGAAGAUGACAAAGAUGGGCAUUAUAUGUUUGAGCUUGGAGAAAAUUUAACUUCACGCUAUAAGAUACACAGCAAAAUGGGUGAGGGCACCUUUGGACAGGUUCUAGAAUGUUGGGACCGAGAAAGGAAAGAAAUGGUUGCCAUUAAAAUUGUUCGUGGCAUUAAGAAGUAUCAUGAGGCAGCCAUGAUUGAGGUUGAUGUUCUUCAACAGCUUGGUAAACAUGAUAAAGGAGGCAAUCGUUGUGUUCAAAUACGGAACUGGUUUGACUAUCGUAACCAUGUUUGUAUUGUCUUUGAGAAGCUUGGACCAAGCUUAUACGAUUUUCUGCGGAAAAACAAUUACCGCUCAUUUCCUAUUGACCUUGUCCGUGAGAUUGGAAGACAACUGUUGGAAUGUGUAGCAUUUAUGCAUGACUUGCAUCUCAUCCACACUGAUUUGAAGCCUGAAAAUAUCCUCCUUGUAUCUCCUGACUACGUGAAGGUUCCUGAUUACAAGUGCUCAUCCAGAUCACUUAAGGAUACUUAUUAUAAGAGAGUCCCAAAAUCAAGUGCAAUCAAGGUAAUUGAUUUUGGUAGCACAACUUAUGACCGUGAGAAUCAGACCUAUAUUGUAUCCACACGUCAUUACCGGGCACCAGAAGUCAUUUUAGGUCUUGGAUGGACCUAUCCAUGUGAUAUAUGGAGUGUUGGUUGUAUCCUUGUGGAGCUAUGCUCGGGUGAAGCAUUAUUCCAAACUCAUGAGAAUUUAGAGCACCUAGCUAUGAUGGAGAGGGUACUUGGUCCUAUGCCACUGCACAUGUUAAAGAGAGUAGAUCGGCAUGCAGAGAAGUAUCUUAGAAAGGGAAUGCUGGAUUGGCCUGAAGGUGCAGCAUCAAGAGAAAGUAUCAGAACUGUUCUUAAAUUGCCUCGGCUGCAGAACCUUGUGAUGCAGCAUGUAGACCAUUCUGCUGGGGAUCUUAUUAAUCUUUUGCAAGGACUACUUAGAUACGACCCUUCAGAGAGGCUUACUGCUCGGGAAGCCCUGCAGCAUCCCUUCUUCUCAAGGGACCAUCUGAGGAGAUUGUGAGACUCCAGUAAAUAAGAGGCUUUGUUUUAUGAGAGUAUGAUAAUGGCAAAAGCCAGACUUGUGUGAAGCACCUUAGCCACCUGAUUAGGUUAUAUUUCAGGAAGUUGAAAACCAAGUAAUAUACCAAGGGAGUGGGUAGAGCUUGUGUAAAUAGGGAUGAUGUCCUCUGUUAACUACAUUCUUGGAUAGAGUAGGUGCAUAAUAGUUAACACUGUCUUGACCAACUAAUUUGUGUGCAGAGUAAUGGAGUAUUACUCUUUUAUUAUUUUGUCUAAUAGACAAAUUUGCGUCUUUAUGCAAUUUUUAGGUGAGUUUAUUGUA